AUGUUCCCAAGGACCUUUGCAUGGCUUGACAAUUUGGUUACUGGGGACGAGGAGUGGGUACUGUAUGUUAAUCACACCAAGAAGAAACAUUGGCUUUUACGUGGCGAACAGGGUGGAUCAACUCCCAAACCUGGUCUUCACCAACUGGAGGAGGUGAACAGCGUUAGCUGGAACUCAACAUGUAUUGUGUACUGGGAAAUGGUACCACAUGGAACUACGAUCCCUGUGGAUGUGUACUGUAGACAAAUUAAAUCUGUUGCCGUUGCAUUGCAUGGUAAAAAAGACCGCGUCUUCUUCAUUCAUGAUACUGCUCGUGCCUAUGUGACAAAGUUGACCCAGCACAAGCUGAAAAGGCUCGGCUGGGCUGUGAUGCUACAUUCACUAUACUCAACUGAUGUUACGCCUACAGAUUAUAAUAUGUUCUACUCUCUUCAAAACCAUCUGAAUGCAACACGCUUUGACAACCGAGACGACCUCAAGCGAUGGUGGGCUAACUUUUUCAAUUCUCAAACUCCAGGUUUCUACAGAAGUUGA